GUAUUUGGACCGAAACGAUCUAUUCACGACGUUUUCGGACUAAUACUCCUGUGCUGUGGUUUGGAAUGGGCCUCGGAGUGAACGCUCAUCAUAGAUUGCCGGAUUUAGCUGUCCGAUCGUGGUAUGUCUGCGUAUGCUUAAAAGCUGUUUGCCUCCGUCUCGUCUUACCUUACUUUCAUUUCUCACUCUUCUAAUCCACCUUCCCAUUUUUAACCAACUCUCAUUCGCAUCGCUGUUAUUGUUUAGCUUUCGCCUUUGCUAAUCUUGCUAAUCUCACUACUCGCUAUGCCUUCAUCUGCUCCUACAAAGUUUAUUCUGCCAGAUCUCGUAUCUGACUGUCCCUUUCAACCACAUGUUAGUCGUCACAGAAAACAGGUUACCACCGAAACGAAGAAGUGGCUUUUCCAAGGCGAUAAUCUAGUGGGCAAGAUACGCGAUAGAUACCACGGGCUGAAUUGUGGCUUGCUAGCCGCGAUGGUCUAUCCUACUGCAGCUUAUCCUCAAUUAAGAGUCUGCAAUGACUUCCUCACCUAUCUAUUCCACUUGGACAACCUUUCUGACGAUAUGGAUAAUCACGGAACCAUGACCACAGCAGAUGUGGUGAUGAAUACCUUGUAUCAUCCUGAAAACCACCAGUCUCCUCGUAUUGCCAAAAUGACCAGAGAUUAUUGGAAGCGGCUCGUUAGCACUGCAUCUCCCGGAGUCCAGCAACGCUUCAUGGAGACGCUUGACUUCUUCUUCCAGAGCGUAACGGAACAAGCCAACGAUCGGCAGGAGGGCGCAAUACCUGAUCUUGAAUCAUACAUUGCCCUUCGCAGAGAUACGUCAGGAUGCAAGACGUCUUUCGUAUUAAUCGAAUACUCUAAUAACCUCGACAUACCGGAUGAAGUGAUGGAACACCCACUCAUUCGUAGCUUGGGCGAGGCUGCCAACGAUUUGGUUACGUGGUCUAACGACAUCUUUUCCUACAAUGUUGAACAAUCGAAAGGAGACACUCAUAACAUGAUCCCCGUCAUCAUGAACCAUCACUCCCUCGAUCUACAGCCCGCAGUUGAUCUGGUUGGUCAACUUUGCCAGCAGUCUAUUGACCGCUUCAUGAACGAUCGAGCUCAGUUACCUUCUUGGGGUCCAGAGAUAGAUCGGCAGGUACAAAUCUAUGUCACUGGACUGGAGGAUUGGAUGGUCGGUUCACUGCAUUGGUCUUUUGAGUCGGAAAGGUAUUUUGGCAAAGGGGGGAGGGAAGUCAAGAAGUCGAGGGUGGUGAAUUUGCUUCCAAAGCGCGCCUAAACAGGUCGGACACUCGCGCUCAUAACAUCUCCUUGCGCAGGCAUUCCCAUGGAUUUUGCUUUGCUUCUUCUUUUUCGUUGAUCUCAACAAGCUCAAUCAAAGCCUCCGUUUUCAAUUGCCCUCGCCAUGGACAGAAUUCAACACA